AUUUAUCUAUGGGUAGUAGUUUUCAACAUUUCAAGAGCUAUUUUGUUCCAUCUCCUGCGUUCACGGGAAUGCUGUAUACAGAUCGGGUUUGCUCUUAAUAGGAAUUUCAAGCGUGGACUGUAAACGCACACAAUUCGUGUUAUACCAAAUAAUUUUAAAUUUUGUUACCAAAUCUUGAACUAUAAACAUUAGUUUGCUCAAGAAUAUAUCGUAACCAUGGAUAAUAAAAUCUAAGUAUCUGGCUAUUUUUCCGAAAGGGGUUUUAGAAACAGGAUCAUAACACAAUAUUUUACCAUGCCGUGCAUUUGUCUGUUGCAAGAGAAACGCUUCGUAAAUUUUUGAACUUUUCCUUGCUCCAGUAGGUCUUUUUAUGGACAAUAUGCUAAUUGAGAUUAAUGGUUCUGCACACUUUAUGAAGAAUUUUGCAAGAAAUAAACGUACGAAAAUGUUUGCACACACAAUACAAUCAGAAUGCCUAACCUAGCCUUUUGACCUUAUCGCUAACAAGCUCCUCCCUAUUUUUAAACGCUUCACGUUCUCGUCAGUUGCGUUCGUCUACGCGCGGUGAGCGGUUGUGCUUUGCGGCUACGCGUGUUGUGUACGGUGGUCAUUCUUACUGUCGUUUUCGUCGUUCACUCGUCGUCAUCGUCCUUACUGUCGUUCACUCUUACGUGUCGUGUAGCAAAAGUGUUUUUUCACAAUGUCCGUCUUCAUGUUCCAGGAUCCGCUAUAUCAGCACAUUUUCACCGAAGUGGAGCACGUUCAUAGACACAUUUCAUGGGUUGCUCGUUACUACUACACCUGGAACAUCCUAAACUCUCCAUUGCUGUACCUGAAUCGACCGUCCUGGUCGUUCAUGCGGACCAGCAUUCGCUUCGUGACGGAGACCUGGGCACAGCUGAACACCCUGGUCGAGCGAGGGCGCCGUCGCGAGUUGAAGGCAUUGCUCCAACCCCUCGAAGAUCAAAAACCGAUAUGGGAAAUGAGCAAAAAGUUCCUGGGGGACGUGAUUGAGCGAUCGGAACUUUUUUACGCACAGAACCUGAUUGAUGAUGAUGUUGAUCAAUAAAGCAUUUGGUUGUCCGGCUGUGCAGACGAUGUUUUCCUCUAGUGCUCGUUUUAGAUGACUCGCGCCAUUGCAGCAUUAUGGAGAAGUUAACAUUUUUCAGAAAAUAAUAAAACAUUUAAUAGCGAUCAAAUUCCGCUUCGUUGUACUAUGUUGUGUGAUCCUUGAAAUACAAGAAUAAAAAGAAACUGUGGUUGAAGGGAAAAACUCCUUCUCGUAGCACCCAGUAGCCAAUGCCGUGUAGUAACUUAUCGUCCAAACGCUAGUGCUAUUAGGUGUCCCCAUCAAACUGUCCCGGCCACAAUCGUGUCCUUGU